UCUGUCGGUCUCUCUCCUCUUGGCUCCAUCUCCCUCUUCCCCCAUCCCAACAUCAUACUAUUAUAUAAAUUUCUAUUCUACUACUGCUGCUGCUACAAAUAUCUUCCCCCCCUCGUCUUCAUCCUCCUCGUCCCAGGAGAAAAAGGGAAAAAAAGAAAAAACUUCUCCCUCCUCCUACUACAUUUUCAAUUUUCUCCCAUCCAAAAUUAAGGAAAAAAAAUGAGGGAAAUCUUGCACAUUCAAGGAGGUCAAUGCGGGAAUCAAAUUGGUUCCAAAUUCUGGGAAGUAAUCUGCGACGAACACGGGGUUGAUCCAACCGGCCGUUACAGGGGAGAUGGCUCCAAUGAUCUUCAACUGGAACGCAUCAAUGUCUAUUUCAAUGAGGCUUCCGGUGGCCGUUAUGUUCCUCGGGCUGUCCUCAUGGAUCUCGAGCCCGGCACCAUGGACAGCAUCAGAUCCGGCCCUUACGGCCAGAUCUUCAGGCCCGACAACUUCGUCUUUGGUCAGUCUGGUGCCGGUAAUAACUGGGCUAAAGGACAUUACACUGAGGGUGCUGAGUUGAUCGAUGCCGUUCUCGACGUCGUGCGUAAAGAAGCCGAAAAUUGUGACUGCUUGCAAGGAUUUCAAGUGUGUCACUCACUUGGAGGAGGCACUGGCUCUGGAAUGGGAACCCUAUUGAUUUCCAAGAUAAGAGAAGAAUAUCCAGACAGAAUGAUGCUCACUUUCUCAGUUUUCCCCUCACCAAAGGUUUCUGACACUGUUGUAGAACCCUAUAAUGCCACCCUCUCAGUGCAUCAGUUGGUGGAGAAUGCAGAUGAAUGCAUGGUCCUUGACAAUGAAGCACUUUAUGACAUUUGUUUCAGGACCUUGAAGCUUAGCACUCCAAGCUUUGGUGAUUUGAACCAUUUGAUUUCGGCAACUAUGAGUGGGGUUACCUGCUGCUUGAGAUUCCCAGGUCAGCUCAACUCAGACCUGCGGAAGCUGGCUGUGAACCUGAUUCCUUUCCCUCGUCUUCACUUUUUCAUGGUGGGAUUUGCGCCACUUACUUCCCGUGGAUCGCAGCAAUACAUAUCUCUCACUGUGCCAGAGCUCACUCAGCAAAUGUGGGAUGCCAAGAACAUGAUGUGUGCAGCUGAUCCGCGACAUGGGCGCUACCUCACUGCAUCCGCAAUGUUCAGAGGGAAGAUGAGCACCAAAGAGGUGGAUGAACAGAUGAUCAAUGUGCAGAACAAGAAUUCAUCGUACUUUGUAGAGUGGAUCCCAAAUAAUGUCAAGUCAAGUGUUUGUGAUAUUCCUCCUACUGGGUUAAAGAUGGCAUCUACUUUUGUCGGAAAUUCUACCUCAAUCCAAGAGAUGUUCAGGAGAGUGAGCGAGCAGUUCACUGCCAUGUUCAGGCGCAAAGCCUUCUUGCACUGGUACACUGGAGAAGGAAUGGAUGAAAUGGAAUUCACAGAAGCUGAGAGCAACAUGAAUGAUUUGGUGGCAGAAUAUCAGCAGUACCAGGAUGCCACUGCAGAGGACGAGGAAGAGUAUGACGAUGGUGCCGACGAGGCGUAUGAAAACUAAGAGCAGAUGAGAUCAUAUCACGAGAGAGUGUGAAAGGCCUUGUUUAUCUGCUGCUGUUGAGUGGACGAUGCUUGCUUCUGUCUGCAUAUGUGUUUUUUUCCAUUUUCCUGAAUCUCUUCAGGAUAUGUAUUUGUCGUUAUUUUUUUUUAGUUUCCGUUGUUUUGAUUGAAGAACCUUUUCGUCGCUUGUCAUAUUUGCAUAUAAUUUGCGUCGUUCAGUAUGCCCA